AUGUUACCCAACAAGAUAAGCACUCAGCUAUUUGACUCGCUCAAGCCCCUGAGGACAACCAAGUGUCACCAUGUUCGCAGCCUUCACUCGCAAUCACGGCAGGGAUGCCUCACUUGCCGCGACAAGAAGGUCAAGUGCGAUGAGACCCGACCGCGAUGUCUAAGAUGCAUUCGCUUGAACCGGGACUGCGAUUAUAGCGCCCGCAUGCGCAAAAAAUACACCCGGCGAGCUCAACAGGCGUCCUCGCUCGACCUCACAUCUAGCCCUGUGUCUUCGGUGCCCCAGCCGUCCCCGGUCGCCACCUCCCUUGGUGCUGAGACAUCCUAUGCGGUCUCUUCCUCUCACACAUUGCAGGACGAGUUCGUCCUUUCCAAAUUCGAUCACGAAGCAAUCGACCAUGUGCUGUUCAUCAUGGCACCAAAGACCUUGUCACAAGACAGUCCCAUGCUUCUUCACAUGUUAUGCGCUCUGGGCUCAAUGAAAUUGUGCCACAACCCGACCGCUACAGAGAUACCUCAGCGCAAGUCCGAGGCUACUGCCAACUACGGGGCGGGUCUACGUAUGCUGAACUCGGCAAUUCAUCACCUCAGCCGCGAGUCCGACCUCGAUUAUAGCCUGGCCACACUCUGGCUAAUGAUCUCGUACGAACUCGCCCACGGCGAUGGACGAGGCUCGGACCUCUCAGUUCGUCUGCGCGGCGCUGCUGUUCUGCUCCAGGGGCGUCUGCGAGGCGUAGGCAAGCAGGCUUCAGGUGGGAAAUCAGGAGCCCGGUACAGGAUUACUCCUCUCGCAGCUCAAUUACUCCUGUGGAUCGCAAUGGUGGACGGGAGUGCCGCGCUGAAUGGGGUCGAGGCGACUUUUAAUAAUCUGCUUGGAGACUCGAUGCUAGACGGCACGAACAACGACCCAGCUGCACGUCUUGUAGGCUUCAGCCAGUUGCAACGACACGCGACCAUGGUAUAUCACAACAUUUGGGGCACAAAUUACCCGCAAAAUAAGCUUAUCAGGGACAUCCAGUGUAGCCAGAUUUUAUGUCUUUAA